AUAGAAGCAGAAAGUUAUUCAGCGGAGCCGGGAGCAGCUACAGGUGGAGGACGGACGGACGGACCGGGUGGCCAGGAUGGACAGGAUGGACAGGACAGACAGGACGGACCCAGACAUGAGAGACAGGAAAUAAAAACAGAAGAGGAGGAAGCUCUGAAACUAUGAAAGCUACAGGCCAACACUAACCCAGCUCUCCAUCAUGGAAAAUGUGACACCAGGCAGCCCUGCAGGAGAGGCUCGCAUGAGGGACUACAACUACCUGGCCCUGGUCGUUGGUGUCCUGUUGAUCCUCAUCAUCAUCCUGGGAAACGUUCUGGUGUGUCUGAGCGUCCUCACAGAGCGCUCUCUGAAGACCGCCACCAACUACUUCAUCAUCAGCCUGGCGGUAGCCGACCUGCUGCUGGCCGUGCUCGUGCUACCGCUCUACGUCUACUCUGAGUUCCUGGGAGGAACCUGGACUCUGAGCACCACCAUCUGUGACGCUCUAAUGACCAUGGAUGUGAUGCUCUGCACUGCCUCCAUUUUGAACUUGUGUGCCAUCAGCGUAGACCGGUACAUCGCCGUCGUAGUGCCCCUAAAAUACAACAGAAAUCAGUUCAGUGUUCGCCAACUGACACUCAUCACCGCAACUUGGGUCCUAUCUCUAGGCGUGGCCAGCCCAGUCAUCUUUGGUCUGAACCAGGUGCCGGGUCGGGAUCCGACGGUCUGCAAGCUGGAGGAUGACCAUUUUGUGGUGUACUCAUCAGUCUGCUCCUUCUUCGUUCCUUGUCCAGUCAUGCUGAUCCUCUAUUACUGGAUGUUCCGCGGCCUGCGACGCUGGAGCAGUCGGAGCCGGUCCCAGGCCCAUCGGGUCGGCCGGAGAGGUCUCUCUUCUCAUCUGGCCUCGGCUCUGCGUAGAGCUAAAGACACAACUGGUAGCCAGGAGAAGGUUGUUUACACAGUGCCUUCUAUAAGCCCCACCUCUCCAUCCAUAUUCUCCAUGGCAACGCCAUGUGCGACUCUGCUGACAGAGGAAAACCAGCACAGGGCAGUGAUGGCAGCUGAUAGCGACCCGAUGACCACUCAGAUGGACAGUGUGUCGGACGGCGAGGCCACCGGGAGGUGGGAGGGAAGCGGUCGCAGAGAGAACGCCACUAAGAGAGGACGAAGGACCAGCAAGACCAGCCGGGUCAGUGGGAGGGAGCGCAAGGCCAUGAAGGUUCUACCGGUUGUUGUUGGCGUGUUCCUGGCCUGCUGGACGCCCUUCUUCACCGUCCAUGUCACCAAAGUGUUAUGCCGUUCCUGUGACAUCGGCCCCACCCUUAUUUCUGUGGUCACAUGGCUAGGUUAUGUCAACAGUGCUGUUAACCCAAUAAUCUACACGAUCUUCAAUGCAGAGUUCAGGAACGUUUUUCACAGGCUGCUCUGCUGCCGGACUUGACGCUUUAAGCGUCGACUAUGAACUCAAACGUUCUCCACAACAUCCAGAAGUCGUCUGCUUGGUGUCUGAAUCCUCUGAAGUCAAACAGUCUCUUCUUUUAGAGUAUUAGUGUGUUUCUUAGAGCGGCCCAGACGUUUCUAGGUAUCUGAGUGGUUCCAUGUUUUAACGCUGUUCCAGAUCAGGGUGGACAUCUUUGUUGCUGCAGAGACAAACAGAAAUCUGAAUGUUCGAAGAAGGUUUUGUAACUUGCAGCUGUUGAAACUGUAAAAUGGGCAUGAUGGGAUGUAACUGAAACUGAUGUUCUCCUUCUGGACAAUAAAACAAUAAAGAAGUGAAGAACAAAACCAACUACAGCUAAAUGUCUUCUGGGUUUGGAGGCCAGAUGGAUCCAACCUAAAGCACAGAGGAAAUCUGGCUUUCAGCUUAGUUGAAGUCCUCUUUGCCUGUUCUCAUCUCGACUUAGGGCGGGACCAGAGUCAAACACAACAGCAGGGGUGAACAUCAUGUUUUGCAGAGAGAAGUUCUGUUGCUGGUUCUGGAUCAGCCUGUUUCCUCUGUGCUGCUCUGGAGCACAAGGUUUUCUGUUGACAUGAAUCACAUUCCCAGGCCUGGAACCCGUUUUAGUCCCUCCAUGUUCCACCGUGGAAUAACAAAUCUUGGGGCAGAACAUCCCAAACCCACUCCUUUGUCCUGAGUCACGGGCCGCGAAGCGCCUGGAACGGAUCUGAGGUCAGCAGAACCUGAGACUUCAUCCUGAGAGGCGGAUUAAAGGUCAGAGCAGCAGGACAAAGACUCAGCUGAGACAGCAAAAUGUCAUCUGCACAAAUUAACCUUUAACUGUAUAAGGAGGCAGAACCUGUUGACAGAACCACAACCAGAACCUCUUUCUGCUUCAGAGUCAAAAGAUUUCAAUCAGCAUCUGGGAUCCGAGUCGCUCCUGGUUCAGCGGGUCCAUCUCUGGUUCUGGAACCCAACUGGCUGUGGAGGUCCGAAGGUCUCCAGCGCCCUGGUUCCUAGGAACUAGGCAGGCGGUUGAAAUGUUUUACUGCAGGGCUCUUCAAUGUGUGGGGGAAAACCACCAGGGCUCUUUGCAGGGAAAAAACUAUGAGCGUUUACCCAAUUUCACCAAGACUAUGCUGGACACCAAAUGUGGAAGUUUUUAGUAUCUAAAGCUACAGUGAGAGAGGAAGCAGAGUCUGGGCCAAGCAAAAAAUAAAAGCAAGGAAGAAUAACCAGGAUGUAAAUAUUUUCAUUUCCAAAUCUCUGGGUGUUUGCAUCAGCUAUUUCAAUUUGAUAUAUCAAAUAACUGAUGGGCACAGUGAUAUUUCAGUAUUUAAAUGAGGUUUAGUGGACUAACAGAAAAUGUGCCAUAUCAUUUAAACAAAAUUUGAUAGAUGCAGAAAUGUAGGCACCCUUGUUAUUUUGUUGCUUUUAAUGUUUUAUCUACUUAUCACUCAUUUAUUGGAACAAAAAUUGGUUUGGUAAGCUCAUUAAGAUUUGAACUUCAUAGACAGGUUUAUAAAAUCAUGAGACAAAGUACUUAAGGAGACUGGAGAUGUUGCCAGUCUCCUCUGAAGACCGACAACAUGGUGACCUCAAAACUACUGUCACAUGACCUGAGAAUAAAGAUCAACACUAUGAUUUAGGGGAAGGAUACAAACGUAAUUGCUGUCAGUUUCCACUGUGAGGAACACAGGAAGGAUCAAGACCACAGGCACAGUUCUAGUUAAGCUCAGAUGUGGCAGGUCAAGAAAAAUAUCCGAGGCAGAGAAGAAGAAAGGUAAGAAAAGCCCACAGACAUCCGGCCUCCUCUUGCUGCAGAUGGUGUCACUGUGCAUCGUUCAACCAUUCAGUGCAUUUUGAGCAAGAAGAGGCUGCGAGGGAGAGUGAUACAGCAGAAGCCUUUUCUGCAAAGAUGCCACAACCAAGCCAGCUACAUCUUGGGUUAGUGUUACGUAGACUGAUGUUUGGCGUCAUGCGUGGCGCCAGAAACACAGCAUUCCAAAAACACUUGCUGCCCACUGUAAAAUUUGGUGGAGCUCCCAUCAUGCUUUGGGGCUGUGUAGCCAAUGCCAGAACUGGGAAUCUUGUUAAAGUUGAAC